AUGGGAUGGGAUGCCUUCUCCUGCUUUCCUUUUAACCCUAUUCCUUCUCGAUCCCUUCUUACUUCCGUCCUAAUUUCGUUUUUCAUCGCUCUACAAAAUCUGGACGACCGCCAUACGGAUUGCCGCUUCACUACCUCUCUCUUACCCAAUAACAAAAUCUGCUGCUAUCAUAACUACUGUCGUAUACCUUGUCAGGAUUUGAAAAAAAGAAGGUCUGAGAGAGAAAGCACAUCACGUAAGGUGUUCGAUAAAAUGCCCGACUCAACUUCUUUUUUAAUAGAGGAGCGGAUUAGGAGAACCAAUGUGUUUUGCGACGCAGUAAUAUCUCAAGAAAAGACAGUUGAAGAAAUUAGAGGAUGUCAGGUUUCAGGUUGUACAGUUUUAUUUGCGUUUAAGGUUUCUGAUUUUUCGCUCCAAUCUUCCUUUGACGUAAGAACAUCUUAUGAAAGCUGUAAAUAA